CAUGUGAGAAAGCAUAGAGAAAGAGGCGGAGUUCAAAAAGUUUUUGACUUUAAUGCUUGAACCCAUCUAAACUUCAACGAAUUGUGAUUGAAGCAUCUCUCAUCUUCUCCUUCUCUUCCUCAAGCUGUUCGGUUAGACUUCAUAUCUUGCUUUCUCGAUCUUCAACUCUGAAGAAAAUACAGAAGCAAAGAUGGCAAAAGACAGGACAAUUGGUGUGGCCUUUGACUUCUCAAAAGGAAGCAAAUUCGCUCUCAAAUGGGCUAUCGACAAUCUGUUAGACAAAGAUGACACCCUCUAUCUCAUCCAUGUCAAGCCAUCCCAAGGUGAUGAGACUCGCAACCUCCUCUGGUCCUCCUCAGGGUCUCCUCUGAUUCCAUGGGCUGAGUUGCGUGAGAAGGAGGUGAUGCAGAAGUAUGAACUUGAUCUUGAUCCUGAAGUUCUAGACAUGCUCGACACUUGUUCCAGGCAGAAGCAGGUGGCUGUGGUGGCUAAGCUUUACUGGGGAGAUGCAAGGGACAGGCUUUGUGAAGCUGUUGGAGCCCUGAAGCUCGAUUGUUUGGUCAUGGGUAGCAGGGGACUUGGCACCAUCCAAAGGGUUCUGCUGGGAAGUGUAAGCACCCAUGUGGUUGCGAAUGCUACUUGCCCAGUUACCAUUGUGAAGGAUCCAGGUGCUAUUUGAAACUUUGAAUCUGUUCUUUGCAAAAGGGUUUCAUCAAAAGGAAUAAUCUCUGCUGCUUUUAUUGCCCUGUUUGGACCAAGCUUGCGCAACUUUAGUUUGGUAAGGCCAGAGUGUAUUUACUUCAAGUUUCAGUGCUGUUUUACUAGGUAAACUUUGUAUGGUUGCAUCAACUCUUGUGCCGGGUUGCUUUGCAUUUUGCUUGUUGUUUGCUCUUCCUACUUGAAAAGAUGAGAAAAUUAAAUCACAAACAACUGA